CCGGGCAUGACGACAAAGUUUUUGGUAUUUCUUUUUUUCUAGGCUAAGGCAAUACAUUCGCGGCGAUGGAAGGAAAUGGGGGCGAGAUGAAUGCCAAGCCCGUGGAGGUGAUCCAGCUAUGGACGGGGCCGAGAUCGCUGAGUACAAGCCUCAUGUACUCCUUCGCGCAGCGAGACGAUACCGAGGUGCUGGAUGAGCCGCUCUAUGCGCAUUACCUGCGCGUCAGCGGCGCGGAGAGGCCAUAUCGGGACGAGCUCUUGACGGAAAUGGAGUCGGAUGGGAGCAAAGUCGUGGAGGCGAUCUUCGGUCCAUGCAAGAUGAAGUAUCGCUUCUGCAAGCAAAUGGCCAAAUUCCGGACACCUUGUCUCACAGAUGACAUUCUCAAGGGGAAGCAUGUCAUUCUUAUCAGAGAUCCGCUGGCGAUUCUCCCUUCUUUCGAUGAUGUUGUUCCCGCGACUCUCAAGGAUCUCCAAUGGUCGUCGCUUCUCAGUAUGUACAGUGACCUCCAAAGCAUUGGAGAAAGUCCACCCGUGAUUGACGCGUCAGACCUUCAAAAGGAUCCCGAGGGCGUUCUACGAGCUUUGUGCGCGGCACUUGGCAUGGACUUCCAACAUGCCAUGCUCAAGUGGAAUGCUGGUCCCAAACCAGAGGAUGGGAUGUGGGCAAAGUGGUGGUAUAGCUCUGUUCACAGGUCUACGGAAUUCUCGCCAUUGCCGCUCCAUCCACGAAAGCCUUUCCCAAAGGCUUUAUAUACACUCUUGGAGGAAUGCCGACCAAUUUAUAAGAUGCUUAAGCGGCAUGCUUUGCAGCCACAGGCACCCGAGGCUCCACCAUUGCCGGUGCCGUCCAACAAGAAUAUCUUUGCCUGGGUCGGAGACGAGAUAGUUCCCCGAGAUGACGCUAAGGUUUCUGUGUUUGAUUCUAUCGUGCAAGGUGGAGACGGUGUCUGGGAAGGGCUCCGCAUUUACAAAGGGAAGGUUUUCAAGCUGGGGGAGCAUUUAGACAGGUUGUUUGAUUCGGCCAAGGCGAUGGCAUUCACAAACCUUCCGAGCCGUGACUUUGUGAAACGAGCCUUGUUUUCGACAUUGAUUAUAAACGGGAUGUUUGACAACGCUCACGUUCGUCUCACACUGACAAGAGGAAUGAAGGUUACGUCUGGAAUGAGUCCUGCAUUCAACUUGUAUGGCUGCACACUUCUAGUUGUCGCUGAAUGGAAGCCACCGGUGUAUGACAAUAGUGGAGGCAUUCGAUUAAUCACUGCUUCAACCCGUAGAAACUCUCCAAACUGCCUAGAUUCGAAGAUUCACCAUAACAAUCUCAUCAACAACAUACUUGCGAAGGUGGAGGGAAACACUGCUGGUGUGGACGAUGCUAUAAUGCUCGACUGCGACGGCUUUGUGUCUGAAACAAAUGCUACAAACAUAUUCAUGGUGAAAAAGGGACGUGUUUUGACGCCCUCGGUGGAUUACUGCUUACCAGGAAUCACACGAGAAACCGUUAUUGAGCUCGUGAAACAAGAAAAAAUCGCAAUGAUCGAGAGAAGGAUUUCAUUGACAGAGUUUCACACAGCAGACGAGGUGUGGACAACAGGAACAAUGGGAGAGAUCACACCGGUCAUAGAGAUCGAUGGCCGACAAAUUGGAAGCUCACGUCGCAUUACCUCGAGGAUCCAAGCCGCUUAUAAAGCUCUCACAGACAAAGAAGGCGAGCCCAUCCCUUGCAAGUGAGAGAUAGCCAAGUACCAUGUAUUUCUUUUCUCAAGCCACCUUCUCGGUGACUUUAGUCUCGCUUCUCACCGUCUGAAAAGGCCACUUCCUCAGUGGCUUUGGUUUGUUAAUCUAAGCUUAAACUGUGGGUUUAAUUGCCUUU